GCCGUCACUUUUUUUUUCUUUGACUUUUCAGACUGGCCGUCUGUGAUCCCCACCACCCACCACUUUCAUCUUACUUCUCUGCAACUUUUAUAUUCUUUUAUUUUUCAUGCAGUUCUGAAUAGCAUCACUUUUUGGAUCAUGUAAUUAUACGCCUCCCUUCAAUCAUCUCUCGAAAGGUUCUCUGUUUCAAGAAGAGGCGUAGCUCAUAAAGAAGCAAUCAAAGGUUUAACCGAUCAAAUCUGAGUGUAUAUAUCAAGAAAAAUGGGAUCUUUCAAAGGCCAUGCUCUACCUGGAACACUUUUUCUUCUAGUUGGAGUGUGGCACAUAUGGAGCUCUGUGGUUCGAUAUGUAUCAAAUCCCAAGUCAUUUCGAGUCCGGGUUUGGAACCCAGUUCCUGGUUUUGAUGGGAAGCUCAAGUAUAUGGAGCUUUAUGUGGUAGCAAUUGGUGCUUUUAUUGAUAUGUGUAUUGAGCUUCUGUACUCAACACAUCUUAAGUUUUUUGUCAAUGGAGUCUUGAACCCGCAUCACAUGAACGAUUUUGAACAUUCUGGGAUGCUUCUUAUGUUCUUUGUCUUCGGUGUCGUUUGUCUGCUCUCUGAGAAAACGAGCUUUCUUCCCUUGCCUGAAGGAUCCCUGUGUUUGAUUGCUGCCACAGCAUUCUGUGCUGAGUAUCUGCUAUUCUAUUUUCAUUCAACAACUCAUAAAGGCCUUGAGGGGUACUAUCAUCUCCUGCUCGUCCUCUUGAUAGGGCUUUGCAUUUUAACUACUGUUGUUGGAGCUAUCUUUCCGACCAGCUUUCCAGUUGAUCUAUGUAGUGGCAUUGCUAUAACUCUCCAAGGCCUCUGGUUCUACCAGACUGCCUUCACUCUCUAUGGCUCCAUGAUGCCAGAGGGCUGUCAGCUCAAGGGAAAUAUGAUCUCUUGUCGGUCCACAGACAGUGAGGUUCGAGGCGAGUUGUUCGCUAACUUCCAGCUCUUUUCCAUGAUCUUGGGAGUCCUUAUCGGAGUUGUGGUAUCGUAUAUAUUUGCAGCUUCAAGAUAUGAGAGUUCUGAAUCUGAUAUUAGGAGCUUGCAAGCAGUCCACGAUGGAUUAUAACAAGAUUGAAUUAAGGGUUUCCAGUGAACUCACAGCGCAGUUAGAGAUGGACGUGAAUAGCGUUUUCAAUGUCCAGAAAGUGUGUGACUAAAAGAGAAAUGGUAACAUCUUCAUGCCUUGGGUAAAUGGGAUUCAGCUGUGGCUUCAAAAGAUAAUUGAUAGGAUGAUAGAUAUUUAGAUGUAGGAAUAAGGAUAAGGCAGUCCAAUAUUCUUUUAUUAUUGAGGCUGGAGAAGGAUUGCCUAUUGUUUGUUAUAUUUGAUUUAUUAUUAUUAUUAUUUGGAUGAUAAAAUGAUGUGAUAAUUAAUGUUGGUUUGAUAAA